AUGGUGGAAGAUAUGAUUGGUGGUACACACAAAGCGUUAAUUUCUAUCGCUUUAUCUUUGAGGGAGGAAGUUCGCAUGUUGCAGAAGGAUAUCUCUUCUGGUAGCUCUUCUGUUGGUGGAUUUCUUGUCCUAAUAAAGGGGAAGGAGGGGAAGGUGAAGAGAAAGACCGACGAUGACGAGGUUAAGCAGAAGAACGGGAAUGAGGUGGUUGUGGAUGAUUAUGAGGUUCCAAAUGAAGUUGAGAAUAGUGGUAGCAGUCUGUUCGCGGUGGCGUUAGAAAUGGCCCGUCGAUCUUGUCACAACGAAGGUGAAAAAGUUGAUAUGCUAGGUGGGUUUGGGCGAUUGCUGGUGGAGGUGAGGUGCUGA